GCAACUGCGCGCGUGCUUUUUGUAGUUCGCAAUUUCUUCUCUUCUUCUCUCACUGUUUUCUUCGCCCUCCAACCACCGAAGUAACAACACCUCCAAACGCAGUCUCUCUCUCUCUCUCAAACUCUGUUUGGGCGAGUGAGAAUAACAGCGAUACCACCAAUCGAACGAGACGGCCAUGGCGAUCUCCGCCACGCUCAAUCCGGCACGCUCUGUUGGUUUCCCCAAGCUCAAUAACCACCGUUCAUCCUAUGGUUCUCCUUUCACUACCCCCCGCAUCGCUGCCACUGCCACCAAUGCAGCCGUCUCCGGCUUCCCGUUGACGUGGCAGGUGAAACAGAGUCGGAAGCCUAUGGUUUUAGUUUUCUCGGGCGGUAACGGUGGCAAUGGUGGAAAUGGCGGGAACUGCAGUGGUGGUGGCGGAGGAGGUGGUGGUCAUGGUGAAGGAGGAGAUUCCGGCGACAAGAACAAGACGGAGGCGAUUUUGGCGCUAGCAGAGAUUGGGAGGCCUUUGGAUAGUAUUCCGUCGGAUCUGGCUUCGGCGAUUGAGGCUGGAAGGAUUCCUGGAGAGAUCGUUUUUCGCUACUUUGAUCUGGAGAAGUCACCGGUAUUUCGGUGGUUGCUUCAGUUUGGGGGGUUUAAGGAACGGUUGUUGGCUGAUGAUCUUUUCUUGGCUAAGGUCACCAUGGAGUGCGGCGUUGGCAUUUUCACUAAGACUGCUGCAGAGUAUGACCGACGUAGAGAGAAUUUUAUGAAGGAGUUGGAUUUUGUCUUAGCUGAUGUGUUUAUGGCCAUAAUUGCAGAUUUUAUGCUUGUCUGGCUUCCUGCUCCCACAGUUUCUCUUCGGCCACCUCUUUCAGUCAGUGCUGGAUCUAUUGCUAAGUUCUUCCACAGCUGUCCUGAUAAUGCCUUUCAGGUUGCAUUGGCUGGAACAUCCUAUUCAUUUUUACAGAGAAUAGGAGCCAUAAUGCGUAAUGGAGCCAAGCUUUUUGCAGUUGGAACCGGCGCAUCUCUGGUUGGUACAGGUGUAACCAAUGCCUUGAUAAAUGCAAGAAAGACUGUUGACAAGUCUUUUGCUGAUGAAGCUGAGGAUGUCCCUUUAUUAUCAACCAGUGUUGCCUAUGGUGUUUAUAUGGCCGUUUCUAGCAACCUUAGGUACCAAGUACUGGCUGGUGUUAUUGAACAACGGAUUUUGGAACCCUUGUUACACCACCACAAGCUUUUACUGAGUGCAAUCUGCUUUGCAGUCCGGACAGGCAACACAUACUUGGGGUCUUUGAUGUGGGUGGACUAUGCCCGUUGGGUAGGAAUUCAAAAAGUCCGCGAGUAAAACACAGAUCAGAGGAUUGCAUUGUUUGCAUUAUUUCUUAGAUUUUCUCUCUUUUUCCUUUUCAAGUGGACACCAAUUUUUGCUGAAAUUUCAUGAGAUCAAGGGAAUGGUUGAUCUUUCGUGUGUCUGGCUUUGAGCAUAUUUUUUGUUGCAUAAAUUAGCUGUUUCUUGUAGUAUUAGCAUCCAUAAAAGGUCAUGCCUGUGUUGUGAAAGUGGGGGGAGCUUGUGUUGCGGCCUUCACAUUUUGACUACCGAAAAACAAAUAUUUUUCAUUUUGAUA